GCGUCCUCAGAUCAGAUGCAGGCAGACUCAGGACUGAAGAGGAAGAAAUUAGCAGAGUUUCCUCCUCACCUGAAGAGAGUCUGUGAAUAGACCUGAAGAGAGUCUGUGAAUAGACCUGAAGAGAGUCUGUGAGUAGACCUGAAGAGAGUCUCCCAUAGCAAACACCACACUCUGCUGGACCUGGACCUGGACCUGGACCUGGACCUGGACCUGGAACUGGACCUGGACCUGGACCUGGACCUGGACCUGGACCUGGACCUGGACCCAGCUCUGUGUCCAGUAACCAGCUUACUGCCAGAGACCAGAACCAGGUAGAAAAGAUGGAGACACAUACAGUCCUAUUAAAAACUUUAAAAGCUUUGAAGGAAGAGGAAUUUAAAGAAUUCAAGUGGCAUCUGGAGAAGGAGGUCCUAGAAUUCCCAGGAAUCCCAAAGAGUGACCUAGAGAAAGCAGACCGGAUGGAAACAGUGGAUCUGAUGCGUACGCACUACGGCAGACGCGACAUUAAAGUGACCAGAGAAGUUUUGAAGAAGAUCCCGAGGAAUGAUCUAUUAGAGGAAUUAUCAGAAUCCUCAUCAGAAUCCUCAUCAGACCCUAAAGAGGAAGGCUGUGUUUCUCUGGCUUCAGCUCUGAGCUCCAUCGCCUCCCAUCUGAGAGAGCUGGACCUGAGCUACAAUCAUCCAGGAGACUCAGGAGAGAAGCUGCUUUCUGCUGGACGGGAGGAUCCACUCUGCAGUCUGGAGACACUCAGGCUGGACCAUGGUGGAGAGCAGAGAGCAGGUCUGAGGAAGUAUUCCUGUGAACUCACCCUGGACUCAAACACAGCAUUCAGAGACCUCAAACUGUCUGAGGACAACAGGACGGUGACACGUGUGAAGGAGAAGCAGCGAUAUCCUGAUCAUCCAGAGAGGUUUGAGCUCUAUCCUCAGCUGAUGUGCAGAGAAGCUCUGACUGGUCGCUGUUACUGGGAGGUCGAGAGGAGAGGAGGGGUUUCUAUAGCAGUGACUUACAGAGGAAUCAGGAGGAGAGGAGAGGGAGUGGAAUGUUGGUUUGGAAGGAAUGAUCACUCCUGGAGUCUGACCUGCUCUGAUACAGGUUACUCUGUCUGGCACAAUAAGAGAAAAACACCCAUCUCCCCCUCCUCCUCCUCCUCCUCCUUCUCCUCCUCUUCCUCCUCCUCCUCCUCCUCUCGUAGAGUAGCUGUGUAUCUGGAUCAUGCUGCUGGCUCUCUCUCCUUCUACAGAGUCUCCUCCUCCUCACUGAUCCUCCUCCACACCUUCAGAGCCACAUUCACUGAACCUCUCUACGCUGGGUUUAGGCUCUGGCUUGACUCCUCAGUGUCUCUGUGUCCUCUGUGUCCUCUGUAGGAGGAGUCCACUUCCUGUCCUGGGGUCACAUGAUGUUUUAAAUAGAGGCUUCUCAUUGGUUACCGUGUGUCUCACUGAUUGUGUCUGUAAUCAAGUUUUCUUGAAGCAACGUAUUAAAGCUGAUCCUGAAGACUGUAGUGAUCGAUACGUUCAAUAAAGAUUUAGAACAAGCAGCGUCUAUGAAGUCACUCUGUUCCUCCUCCUCCUCCUCCUCCUCUCCUCCUCCUGCUCCUCCUCCUCCUCCUGCUCCUCCUCCUCUCCUCCUCCUCCUCCUCCUCCUCCUCCUCCUCCUCCUCCUCCUCCUCCUCCUCCUCUCUAUCUUGCAGCAUAAAAUAAUUAUGACAUUGACUUCAAAAUGUAGCUUUUUACUAUUUUCGACCAUAUAUAGCAAUUGUUCAUGUUUGCUCUAAUAAAUGCAGUUUUUCUGGUGUCUUUACAAAUGCAUCCUGUUUUUGAGAAUCAUUGAUCUAUUCCAUAAAGAAAAAACACCCCACAAGCAAUGGCAUUACGUAAAGAAACAUUUAAAGAGUUAACAUUCUGAUAAUGAAUGAAUAUUGGUAUUUGGUAGUUAUGAUAAGGGUGGUUAAGGAUCUUAGCAUUUCACUUCAAUACAUUUUUCGGGGGCUGACUUUUUUUCUCUAAGGACAUCAGAGCAACUCUUUUAUAAGGUCUAAAACUAACCGGUCUGUCAAAAUAUCCAGUCAGUACCAACAAUGCCACCCCCAAUAUAAAAUCAUCUAUAAUUUGACCUAAGGUCCACAUGUGCAACUAAAUAAACAAGCACCAUUUGCUGAA